CUCCACCUUGGGGAUGGCCAUGCCAACAUUGUUGUUAGACCGCAAUGCUAUCCUCCCUCACUUUCUCCCUAGGACUGCUCGAGCACUAUGACGGGGAAACGCAGCCUCCAGGAACUGAUCCGGGAUGCCGGUGUCAGCCCAGUUGGGCUUGAACGGCAACCUUGUCUGCCGGCCCCUUCCCAGCCCGCCAUCAUUUCCAGCGAGGAGGAUCACGUCCUAGCCCGGAAUCUCCUAGUCGAACAGAGGAGAAACGGCCCAAAGCACCGGGAUCCCAGCAAACAGCUGAAACGCAUUUUCAAGAGCUCGAAAGAGAAGGAAAAGCUUCAGGACACUAGCCUUUGGGAAUUCUCGCAAGACGAGCUUGAUCAGGCUCUGUCCGCUGUCAUCGAGAAGCCAUCGACACAAGCUGGCCUUGUCCAAGCGUUCCUCAAUCUUGGGGCCAAAGUCAAUUUUGUCGAAGCGUCAGACGACAAGAAGGGGAAAGCGGCGAAGAAGCCUAAUGCCGCCGCCCGAAGACGAAGCACAGUGCUGCAGCGAGCAGCUACUGUAAGGAGAGCAGACGAAGUCAGUCUCCUCGCCAGCUCGGGCGCCGACCAGACAUCUCUUGACGAAGCUUUGCAAGCUGCCCUGGCUGCGAAUGACCAAGAGUGCAUUCGAGAACUGCUUCGUCACGGUUCAGACAUCAAUAAGUUCCCCAACGCUCUUGCGGAUGCGGUGCGGUCGAAUGAUCAGAACCUUGUUCGACUUUUGUUAAGAGCUCCGAAAGCCAUAAAAGCAGAGAUUGUCUCUUCCUGUCUUCCCGCAGCGGUACAGCAGAAGUCCGAAGCGAUAGUGUCAUUGCUUAUUGGAAAUGGCGCUGAUCCCAACUUCAAUGGCGCGGCCGCCUUGAGCAUGGCCAUCUCCCAGCGCGAGUAUCGACUCGCUAUUGCGCUGGUAGCUGGGCCAAUUCCUCUAACGCCGGUCUCGCUACAAGCGCUCUCGGAGCCGGCUUUGAACAUGCCAACAGCUCAGGAUCUAUAUCAGUUCUUGCAGCUUCUAUUUUGCUGUGGGCUGUCUCCUGGAAGCCCCGGACUCGCCAGGUUGUUGGUCGCCGCGACUAAACGGAACGAUACCGCUCUUGCCCAAAUGCUCGUUAGCUAUGGAGUAUCCACGGAUAUGAACGAGGCCGAGUGUCUCAGAAAUGCAAUCGCAAACGCGAAUUGGACGCUGGCAGACGCAGUCCUCGCUACUUCACUUUCGCCUGCUCAUGCUUCCAUUGCUCUCGCCGUUGUGCCAGCUGAUACUCCUAAACCUGAUCGCCUACAUAUAGUCAGUGCGCUCGUAUCAAAAGGAGCAAACGGCAAGCCUCUUGAACGGUGGCUUAUACGUUCGGUGGAAGAUGGCGACACCCCGUUGAUGGACCUACUGCUAAACGCUGGAGCACCGCUUGAAUCGGGAAGCAAUACGGCUAUUCAGGCCGCCGUAGCUCGCAAGGACAUUCGGAGCCUUCGAACACUUCUCAACGCUCGGCCGUCGCCACGGUCUCUCGCUCAAGUCUUCCCUCUCAUUCGUUCAGGAUAUAGUUCGUCCGAGCGCCGCGAAACCGUCCUUCUGCUACUGGGGAAUGGUGCUCACGGGGUGGAAGUGGACCAGGCUCUCAUUGAUGCGGUUGCAGACACCUCGAGCUCCAGGGAUAUUACUCUGAUUACAGAGCUCGUUCGCCACGGCGCAAACGUUAACCAUAACAAUGGCCAAGCGAUCAGUCUCGCAGUUGCGCAAGCUGAUAGGGCAGUCCUGCAAUUGCUUUGCGGCUCAAAACCGUCAGUCGGUGUGACAUCGGCGGCCUUGCCUUUGACUUUUGACGCGAAUGGUGCGAGGCGGCCAUCGACUCUUCCAAUGAUAGAGAUUCUUCUUGCUCAUGGAGUUGAGGAAGGCCCAGCUCUGCAAGCCCUCGAGAUUGCCGUCAAAGGAGGCUCGCAGAAUCUGGACAUAAUUCAGCGUCUCAUCACUGCAGAUUCCAGACUGCUUGGACCGGCAUUCCAAUACGCUAUUGCACUUGAAGAUGUGCAGAAAAAGGCCCCAAUCCUGAGGCAUCUUCUUAGGCUCGGCAUUCCCCAAGAAGCAAUUGACCGGGCAUUGGCUCCUGAAACAAGGCACGUCAUUAGGCACCAUGACGCGGUCAUUCUCAAGCUGCUCUUGGAGCAUGGAGCUUCUGUAAACUACAAUGAUGGUGAAGCUUUAAGCUUUGGUGUCGCGUCAGGAGACGUAAUGAGGCUUCUAUUAAGCGGGAAGCACAACCCAUCACGAGCUAGCCUUACCAAGGCUUUUCGAUCUCUAUUCCACGACUCGAGCGUCCAUUAUCCACCGAAGAAUGAAAAUGACCGACUAGGAAUUGCCCGAGAGCUCCUCUCACGUGGGGUGGACCAGCCGGCCAUUGAUUCAGCUUUAAGGGCCGCCUUGGAUACCACCAAUCAGGAUCGGGACGUGGUAACUACGGUUGAACUUCUCCUCCAGCACCACGCCAACGUGAACACUGCGGAUGGGACUUGCUUUGUCUUUGCGGCGAAACGAGGCCUCACAAUUUUCAAGACACUCCUCUCUCACCACCCCGAUUAUCGCGUCCUCGGACCUACACUCAUUAGCUCGGAUCUGGAAGAAGACACUUUGGUCAAAGCCUUAGAGUUAUGCUUUGACCAUGGUUGCACAUCUGAAGAUUUCGAAGCCAACAACUUCGUCGCGUUUAGGAAACCAACAUUGAUCUUGGCCCUACAACACCAUUCCCGAUGUGAAUCUCUCGCAAGAUUACUGCUGAACCAUGGCUGUAAUCCCAAUACCGUUGUACCCGGUACUGUAGACCCCACGUCUGGUGAAGAGGCGCUCCCGGCUUUGAUAUGGGCUUUGGCGCAGCCGCAGAAGAUGAUAUCAGCCUCCGUUAUCCUUGCGCUUCUGGAUGCUGGAGCCUCACCAACGCGGCCGGCGCCACUGUCAGAGGUGACGCCGAUUACGCUCGCCGCACGCGAAGGACGUCAGGACAUCGUGCAAGCUCUUCUGGAACGGGGCGCUGAUCCGUCAGCUCGAGACAAGUUGUCGCGGUCUGCUCUCUUCUACGCUAGUAGCACGUCGCUUACUUCUGUCGUUGAAACAUUAUCCGCACACGCGCUCCGGAACGACGGUAGCCUUCACGAAGCUGCCAGAUGCUUGCAGUUCGACGUAGCCGCCGUCCUGGUCCGGCAUGGCCAUAGCCCUAAUUUCCCGUGCCGACUUCACGCCGGUAGAACUCCGCUUGGAGAACUAUGUCUCAACGCAGAAGUGGCCAACGGCAAUGAACGCACAAAAGUCCGCCAACUUCUCCGCCUCUUCCUCGACAACGGCGCCAAUCCAAAAUUCAAAGCCCGAAACGAGAGAUCCACAAUUAUCCUCGCUCUUGAUAACCCACACAGCGCCCUCGAAGUCACCGAAGCCCUUCUCGAAACAGAAGCAUGGGAGGGUCUCAACGACGAAAAGCACAUGUUCCGCGACCCCUCAGGCCUCUGGUACUCACCCCUCAAAUAUGUCGAGUUGGUCCCCUCUCCAAGCCGCGCUGCACACAAGCAAGACCUCCUCGAGCUGCUCCGCGACAAAGGCUGUGAACCAAAGUACUACUCCGAAACCGCCGAGCAACCCGCCGGCGCCGUGGGCAUGCCAGCCCCCAUCGCCCGCCUCGCCGACCGCCAAAAAGAGCACCAACUCUCCCUCAAGCUCGCCAAAGAAGCCAGCGACCACGCCCGCAUGCUCGAAGAAACCACGCACCGCGACCUCCUCCGCCGCAAACAAGAACAGCAAGACGCCGACAUGGCCGCCGCAGCCGCCGCAUCAGCGCAAUGGCAGGCCCUCGAGCAGCAAAAGCACGACUUCGAAAUCCAGCGCCUGCGCUCCGCAGAACGCACGAAGCGCUCUGAGAAAGCCGCCUGGCACAACCUCAUCACCGAGCAGGAGCGCGACGCCGCGGCCCAGCGCCUGCAGAUCGAAGACAGGAAAGCGAGCGCGGCGUAUGCCCAGGAGGCGAAGAUGAUCCAGCAACGGCAGGGCGAGUUGGAGUAUCGCGCUGGUGUCGAGCGGAGGGCGCUGAAGGAGAAGGAGGAGCUGUAUGAGCGGAAUGUGAAGAGGCAGAUGGCGAUUACGCAGAGGGUCGAUGAGAGUGCACAGUUGCAUGCUCGGCUGAGGCAGGAGAGGCCGGCUAUUGAGGGGCCGCAGUGGGGGAGCGUGGAUUGAGGUAAUUCGGGGGGAGGGGAGGUGGUUCAUCUGGGAGUGAUAUAGAUUGGCGCGUACUUUGGGGCUGGGUGGGAGACUAGUAAUGAUAUAAACGUCCAGCGUAUAUGACGGGGGUUGGGCUUGGGUUCUUUCGUUCUGGGUUCUCUGGGAUAAACAGGUCACAUGCACCGUCUCAAGGACUUAUUCAGGGGGCCACAAAACCUCCUACAUAUAUCCAACACUAGCUAAUACCUAGCACAUACGACCACAGGCGAAGUAGACAACCGGAUCCCGUCCGUUCUCCACACGUUAAACCUUCGACCGGCGGAGUAGUAGCUAGCUGGGUGACCACUAGCGAAUUCCCG